ACAAAUUAAACUUAAAUGUUGAAUCAUACAAACAAAUUUAUUAAUAUUUUUCCUGCGAGAAUCUAACUUAUAACGAUAGAAAAUAUCUAUACAGAUGAUAGCAGAUUAUUUACAUAACAGGUCGUCUAUUGGGGAGAAGACGAGAAUGAAUGACUUGAAGAAUGUGAAAAGUUUGUCACCAAACAAACUUAUCUCAGUUCUGUCCCUUGUGAGAAGAGGACGUGGCUGGCUUCUCGUUGAUCAGCAAUAAUGUGGUGUGCCUCGAGCAUGUGCUUGGAUAUAGUUCGAACGUAAAACCACGUAAAAGAAGAGAAACAUAACAACAACCUUACAUCUGCCAGGGUAACAAAACAUUUCUAUUAACUAAAGAUGCGUGCACUAAGACAGCGACCCGAUGCUUACUCGCAACACACCUCUAUGCUUCCUAUAUACAUCGUCGGAUUCUUGGACUUACUUGGUGUCAGCAUGAUCUUACCAUUGAUAGGACCGCAUGUGAGGGAUAUGGGGGCUUCGUCAACCGUUGUAGGAGCUCUAGGAUCCGUCUAUGGUGCCUUACAACUGUUCUCAAGUCCAAUUGUUGGGAAAUGGAGUGAUGUUACCGGAAGAAGACUUUCACUGAUUGUUUGUAUGUUCUUUACAGCAUUUGGAUACAGUUUAAUUGGUUUUGCAUCUUCAAUUGCUGUUAUUGUUGCAGCACGAGUCAUCUUAGGAAUAUUUAAACACAGUCUAAACAUAAGCAAAUCAUUCAUAGCAGAUACCGUGCCACCAUCAGAACAGUCUUCAGUUCUAGGAACAUACAAUUCAUUUUCCAGCAUCGGUUUCAUUGUUGGCCCAACCCUGGGUGGCCACAUAGCAGAAUUGCCCGGUGGUUUCUUUCUAAUGGCCAAUCUAGCAGGUGUCAUCUUUCUCCUGAAUGCAGUGAUUGUUUGGAUACUGCUUCCCACUGCUCAAAGACCAACCAGAGCCACCUUACAGAGAUUAGAUUCUGUGUUAAGCCCCAAAAAGUUAAUCUCAGAUGAAAUCAACUUCAAUCCUAAAAGAUUUUUCCAAUCCAUGAGAAAGAUAAAAUGGAACCAGUUAUGGGAUAUGUUUGCAAUUCGAUUCCUCUUGGGCUUCUCCAUCAUUGUAUUCCGCAGUAAUUUGAACAUUAUGCUCCAGUCUCGUUUCAACAUCUCACCGCGGCACAAUGGUUACCUCACCUCCUACAGUGGAGUCGUUUCCACUGUAGCUGGAUUCUUGGUGGGAAGUCUGACUAAACUAUACAAAAAUGAACCCAGGCUGUUUUUGUCAAUGUCUGUAUUUCAGGUGUUUAUCCUAUUUAUGCUUGGUCUCAGCCAGUCUUUUAUUGCCUUUAUAAUAUUUUUUGGUGCUCUUAGCUUGGCCACAUCGGUCAUGAGAGUAGUCGGAACAAGGCUAAUGUUACUCCGAGGAGCACAGGAAGGUUCUGGUGUACUGCUAGGACUUAGUCAAAGCUUCAUGUCUAUAGCACGGAUGAUCUCUCCUUUCAUUUCAGGCAUUCUCAUGGAAAUCAAUGUUUCAAUUCCAGCCUUUCUUGGAGCUGGUGCCACAGUUUUAGCAUCGAUUCUCAUUUUCUUGUACCCUCAAGACAAAAGACCAGGCUUGAAGGUGAAAAAGUCUUGAA